CCAUUACAAAACAAAUGUAAAUUGGUCAAUCCUCACUUUUCUUCUCUUUCUCUUCCUAUUUCAGCCUUCCGGGUCUCUAUAAAUUGCAUCUAUUCAUCUGGGUUUUGGCACAAUUCUUUGAGACAAACACCAAUAACUCUAACCAAUUUCAACAAAAUCCGACACUGUCUUAGCUAAGCUCUUUUCUUCCCCUUUUUCCUUCUCUGCUUGCUUCUUCCUUCACUCAAAUCAUAUUCAUGGCUGAGAUUUCAGGAUCAAUCAACGGUCACCACACUGUUUCUUUGAACAUCAAAGAUGAAUCCACAGCUGUGACCAGCAGAGAAGUAGCAGCUGAUUGGCUCUCUGUACCUUUCAUUCAAAAGUUGAUUGCAGAGAUUGUGGGGACAUAUUUCUUGAUAUUUGCUGGUGGGGCAUCAGUGGUUGUGAAUUUGAGCAAAGACAAAGUCAUCACUUUCCCAGGGAUUUCAAUUGUUUGGGGUUUGGUUGUAAUGGUGAUGGUUUAUUCUGUUGGUCAUAUCUCUGGUGCUCAUUUCAACCCUGCUGUUACCAUAGCCUUUGCCACUACCAAGAGAUUUCCAUGGAAACAGGUGCCAGCUUAUGUGAUAGCUCAAGUUCUUGGAUCAACAUUGGCAGCUGGAACACUUAGGCUAAUAUUUAAUGGACACCAAGACCAUUUUUCAGGGACUCUUCCAAGUGAUUCAUAUUUGCAAACCUUUGUGAUUGAAUUCAUCAUCACAUUUUACCUAAUGUUUGUAGUGUCUGGUGUUGCCACUGAUAAUAGAGCUAUUGGUGAACUUGCUGGACUUGCUGUUGGUGCUACUGUUCUUCUCAACGUGAUGUUUGCAGGGCCAAUUACAGGAGCAUCCAUGAAUCCAGCCAGAAGCUUGGGACCUGCCAUAGUAUCAAGGCAGUUCAAAGGGUUAUGGAUAUACAUUGUAGCUCCAAUUUUUGGGGCAAUUUCAGGUGCUUUGGUUUACAAUACCAUCAGGUUCACAGACAAGCCUCUAAGAGAGAUCACUAAAAGUGCUUCUUUCCUCAAAGGACAAAGUCGCAGUGGUUCAUCUUGAAGAGCUUUUGUUUUUUCUCACUUUCAUAAAGUUGAAAUUUUUCGAAGUGGGGUUAUAGCAAAUUAAGGGCAUUUUUCUUUUCUUUCUUGUAUUGCUUAAAGUUUAAGCAGAUGACUCAAAUCGCUGUAGUUUUGGUUUUAGUUUAUCCAAAAAUAUGGAGAUGAAGUAGAUUGAUGUCAGGAAUCACGAGUAAAACUAAGAAUAAGGCACAAUAUGGAUAAGGAAUUAAGGAUAAGUCCAAACUUCUUGAUGACUGCCUGCCAGUUCACAUGAA